GCAGCGCAUCUGUGCAGCAGGGGACGCUGCUUCUCAGCAGAGGGAGGCGUUUAUCUGAUUGUGGCGUGCACAGGUGGCAUCCCAUAUAAACUGAUGAGAGGAAAGCUUGACUGAAGUCACUUCUGUCAGAAAUUGUUCGCGGCACUGUUGAGAACUGCAAAGAUGUCUGGCACUCUGCAAGGAGCCAUGGAGGACCUGAUCAAGGUCUUCUAUCGCUAUUCAGGAAAGGAGGGUGACAAGUACAAGCUGAACAAGAAGGAGCUCAAGACCAUGCUGCAGCAGGAACUCGCAGGCUUCCUGAAUGCCUCCAAUGAUUCCACUGUGGUUGAGAAGAUCAUGAAUGACCUAGAUGAAAACAAAGAUGGUGAGGUGGACUUCCAGGAGUUUGUGGUCCUGGUUGCUGCACUGACUGUAGCUUGCAAUAGCUUCUUUGUGGACUCUCUUAAAGCCUAGGAUGGCUAAAGUAAUACAGCAAGCUGUUUCAGUAUAUUGGGUUUGACGAUCUACACAAAUUGAGAAGUGAUGUAAAUCCCCACACAGCAUCUUGUAAUAUGGCAAAUGGUCUAUUUAGUCUUAGUCUUCCAUCUUCAAUAAAGAUGUAGUGUUUAA